AUGGCCGAGGAAGGAGGUGCUGACGAGGGUGCUUUGCCUGUACUUGCCUUCAGGCCUAGGCUGCUCCCCUUUAAGCUGAGCUCUCUGCCUGUCUCCAGGGGCCUUGAUGCUUGUGCACAUUGGUGUGUCUGGUUCUACUGGCAGCCUCACAUCUGCAUGCGGCUGAGACUGUUCAACCCUCCAAAUAAGCCUGAAAAUAGAAAGGACAUCUGGGAUCCGGAGGAGGUGCCAGAAGGAUCGGAGUUUGAUGACAUGUGGGACCCCCGGGAACAGCCAGAGUAUGACAUUAUAUUCAAACAGCAUGUGGGAGCUGAGGAUGUAUUCCUGGGCAUGACCAGAAAGGACCCUUCAACAGCCUGCUGUGAGGAUCUCUUGGUUAAAAUUAAAUUGCCAAGUAUCAAGUCUUCUGACAUCACUCUGGAUAUCCACGAAAAAGUGCUCGAUCUCAGGACCCCCAAGCAUAAGUUGGUCCUGCACCUUCCCCAUCCUGUGGACAGCAAGACGGGAAAAGCGAGCUUUAUCACAGAAACAGAGAUCCUUGAAGUCACCUUGACUAUGAAAAGAGAGUUUGAUUUCCUUAAUUUUUUCUGAAGCUGGAAUGGGGUAAGAUAAGAUUUUUUGUCUAGUAAGACUAGAAGUAUCGUCAAAGACCAGCGAAAACUCCCCGGAUACUGAAUGAUUGUAUUGAUGGUGACUAGAGCGUCCAUUUAUGGGGUGAUCACUAAGGAAUUGAUUUGUGCCCACAUACUCAGUUUACUAGUUACAACAGGGGAAAUAUUUAGAUAGAGAAUGGCUAGUCCUUUCAUUUCAGCAGUCUUGAGGAUUCACCAAGCCAGUAAAACAUGCAACGGCUUAAUCCGUUGUUCAACAAUUGGUACCAUAGGAUGGCCAAAACCAAUUCAACCAAAGCAAAAAAAAAAAAAAAAAAAAGGGCCUAAUUUCUGUUAUUGGGUCAACUUUGGUUAAACUAUCUAGACUUCACAAAAUGUUCCCAUGAGUGGCAUACAGGAUGUCCCAAAAUUUAAGCUUAAAAAAUUAAAACUACAGAGGAGAAGCAGCUAGGUGGCUCC